AUGUCCGUCAUCAAGACACCUAUCACCGAUAUGUUCGGUAUACAGCAUCCGAUCAUGCUGGCCGGAAUGAACGUCGCCGCUGGACCUGAGCUAGCUGCUGCUGUAUCUAACGCUGGAGGUCUAGGAGUGAUCGGAGGUUUGGGAUAUACUCCCAAACAACUCCGAAAUAUCAUCAAAGAGAUCAAGUCGUCCCUCAAAUCACCAGAUCUGCCAUUUGGAGUCGACCUACUCAUCCCGUCUCUUGGUCCAAAUGCCAGAAAGACAAACUACGACUAUACCAAAGGACAUUUGGAUGAACUGUUGACCGUCAUCAUUGAGGAAAAGGCGAAACUGUUCGUUUGUGCCGUUGGUGUACCCCCAAAAGAGGCCGUCAAACGGUUGCACGACCACGGAAUCAUCUGCAUGAACAUGGUCGGUCACCCCAAGCACGUCCAGAAGGCUUUGGACGUAGGUAUGGAUUUGAUUUGCGCUCAGGGCGCCGAGGGAGGAGGUCACACUGGACGAACACCUUAUUCUGUUCUCAUUCCAGCCUGUGUAGAUAUCUGCAAGGGUAAAAAGUCCCCUUUGACAGGAGGUCCAGUCCAUGUCAUCGCCGCUGGAGGUAUCUAUGAUGGUCGAGGAUUGGCCUCGGCUCUCAUGUAUGGUGCUCAAGGUGUCUGGGUCGGAACUCGAUUUGUUGCUAGUACUGAGGCUGGAGCGCCCAAGAAGCACAAGGAUCUACUCGUCUCCGCCGACCAUGGAGACACCGAUACGACUUUGAUCUAUACUGGUCGUCCUUUACGAGUCCGACAGACAGAUUACGUCAAGAGCUGGAGAGGCAGAGAAGAGGAGAUUAAGAACCUUACGAGUCAAGGCAAGAUUCCACACGAAGUGGAACUUGAGAAACACCCUGAAAAGUCCAUGGAAGGCCGAAUGUGGCUCAUGGGAGAGGUCAGUGCGUUGAUCAAUGACAUCAAACCCGCCAAGGAGAUCAUCGACGAAAUGGUCAAGGAUGCCAAAACGUGUAUCGAGAAUGGAGGCACACUGUUAGCGGGCAAGAGCAGGGCCAAGCUCUAA